AUAAGACCUACUCAAGCUUUCUCAUUACAAGCAUAGCAAGCAUUUUGAGUUGUAUUUUCUCUCUUUGUGCAAAUAUGGGAAAACUACAAAAGUAUGUUGGAGUACUUGCUCUGGCAUUUGUGUUGGUUAUAGCAGUGACAGAAUGCAGAAAAGUAAAAGAGAAUGAGUUAGAUGAUGGCUUUGGGGGAAUUGGUGCCGGUGGAGGUUUUGGUGGAGGAGCAGGAGUUGGAGGUGGACACGGUGGAGGCAUUGGAGGAGGAGCUGGUGGUGGUGCUGGUGGAGGCAUUGGAGGUGGUGGUGGUGCAGGUGCAGGUGGAGGUUUUGGAGGUGGUAAAGGUGGUGGUGUAGGUGGAGGAAUUGGAGGUGGACAUGGUGGUGGUGUAGGAGGAGGAAUCGGUGGUGGUGGCGGCGCAGGUGGAGGUGCUGGUGGGGGAUUUGGAGGUGGUAAAGGUGGUGGUGUAGGAGGAGGAAUUGGAGGUGGACAUGGUGGUGGAGUUGGUGGUGGUGGAGGUGUUGGAGGUGGUGCUGGUGGUGGUGCUGGUGGAGGAAUUGGAGGUGGACACGGUGGUGGAGUAGGAGGAGGAAUUGGUGGUGGUGGAGGUGCUGGUGGUGGUCUAGGAGGUGGACACGGUGGUGGAGUUGGAGGAGGAAUUGGUGGUGGUGCAGGUGGCGGCGCAGGUGGAGGUGCUGGUGGAGGCUUUGGAGGUGGCAAGGGUGGUGGUGUAGGAGGAGGCAUUGGUGGUGGUGGAGGUGCAGGUGGUGGUGCCGGUGGAGGCUUUGGUGGUGGUGCAGGUGGGGGUGCUGGUGGGGGCGCUGGUGGCGGUUUUGGAGGUGGUGCUGGUGGGGGCGGUGGCUUUGGUGGUGAUGGAGGUUUUUGAAUUUAAAUAUGUUGUUAAAAAUAUGUACACUAUACCAUGCAAUGCAUUAAUGCAGUUCUCAUUUUUAUGAAGCAAGUACGUGUAAUCGUACUAUAUUUAUAGAUUAAUGAAAUAAUGGAAGUUUUCGUCA